AUCUUUACGUAGCUCGUACGACUCACGACACAGCGAGCGCCGGCAAAUUCGGCUGCGGCGGUGACCGACUUUUUUUCUUCCUUUCUUCUUUACUAUUUCACUCACUCAACCUUCAUCUCCGUCUCCGUCUCCGUCUCCGUCUCCGUCUCCGCCUCCGCCUCCGUGGUCGCCUUCCUCCUCAUCUUCGUUUUUCCUCUUGCUCCACCUAUUCUCCGAUUCGACUUGUCUUGUUUCUACAUUCAACAUCGUUACCCACCGACUGAUAAUCAACCUAUCGGAUUACGCGUCAGUUCUGUCCCAGUUACUUGUCCAUCCAAUCGGAUUCCCAACUGUUUAUUUACUUUGUUCACCCAGUGCAUUCCUUUACAAAAGUCUUCACCUUCGCCUUCUUCGGAUCAAGAAUUAUUCUUUGCUUCUCUUCUCCAACUCUCGUUGUCCGUUGAUUAUUUCUUUGGCUCCGUACACGCCGCCAUCUCGCAUCGGAGAGACCGGUCUUGUUACUCCGAAUCUUGCUGAAAUCGUCAAAUAACUGGAUACGAACAAUUUCGAUGAUCUUUUAACGAGUAACUGUAACUGUAACUGCGAUUUCUUGUUUUUCUUUUCGCUUUCUCGCGGUAUUACGAUCUAAAAGCUCGAUCGUCGUUGACACACCUGUAGUCACGAAUCGCGGAAGCGUCGUGCCGAAAAGCGACUCGCACUCGUGUCCAAACGAAUCCGAGUUAGGCAAAAUCGGACGGAAGUGUCGUCCGUUUCCUCGGCAAGAGCUGAAAUAACGUAAAGAACGGACCGAGAAAGGGAGCUUAGGAGGGAAUCUCCGAGGAAACAGAGUGAAUGGACGGAGAGAAGUGAAGAGACGGAGCUGGAGGAAAUAUAGGAAUAGAAGAAGAGAGGAAAGGGGACACAGAAGCAAGAGUAACGAGUAAUUGGAAUCAGAGAUGAGCGCUGGCCAAAAUAGGUGGGACAUUGGCAUUCGACGCGCUCGAUGAUAGUCAGCCGAAAAUCCGAUGAAUCGAUAAUCUCACCGAAGGAGAGCAGCUUGAAAAUAUUACAAAUCAGAGAAUUCGGCAACGUAUCGAAUCCAACAUUUAUUACGGCUGAUUGACACGAUGCUAGUAGAACACGCGGCUCUGUGGACUUGGCAAGCGAUGGGUGGUACAAGAAUCGAGGUACUCUGUACCUUUCUCGUGUUUGUCGGUGUACUAUUGACGGCACGAUGCUUACAAUGGAUUCAAUACGUGCGUUCCUUACCACCAGGACCUUGGGGCGUACCUGUAUUUGGUUAUCUGCCAUUUUUGAAAGGUGACGUUCAUCUUCAAUACGGUGAACUCGCGAAAAAGUACGGCCCUAUGUUCAGUGCUCGUUUAGGAACGCAACUCGUAGUCGUCCUUAGCGAUCAUCGCACUAUACGUGACACGUUUCGCCGAGAAGAAUUUACUGGAAGACCGCAUACAGAGUUCAUCAACAUUCUUGGUGGAUACGGUAUUAUCAACACCGAGGGUGCUAUGUGGAAAGAGCAAAGAAAAUUUCUUCACGAUAAGCUCAGGAGCUUCAGCAUGACCUAUGUGGGUGGUGGAAAGAAAAUUAUGGAAUCGAGAAUCAUGCGCGAGGUUAAAACUUUACUUCGAGGUUUCGCGUUAAAACGAGGUGCACCGACGGAUGUCUCGGCCUCUCUCGGAAUGUCAGUCAGCAACGUAAUCUGUUCGAUUAUAAUGGGAGUACGUUUCCAACACGGCGACACUAGGUUCAGUAGAUUCAUGCACUUGAUCGAGGAAGGCUUUAAACUGUUUGGGAGCAUGGCGGCAGUCAAUUUUAUUCCUACGAUGCGUUACCUACCUUGUCUGCAAAAGAUACGGAACAAAUUAUCCGAAAAUCGUGCGGAAAUGGCAGACUUUUUCCAAGAGGCAGUCGAUCAACACCGCGCGACUUUUCGCGAGGGCACCGUUCGGGACUUGGUCGACACGUACUUGCUCGAGAUUGAAAAAGCAAAAGGAGAAGGUCGAGCGGCGAUGCUCUUUCAAGGAAAAAAUCACGAUCGACAAAUGCAACAAAUUCUUGGAGACUUGUUCUCUGCUGGUAUGGAGACGGUGAAAAAUACACUAGAGUGGGCGAUCAUUUUGAUGCUGCAUCAUCCGGAAGCGGCAACUGCUGUACGGGAGGAAUUGGAUCAGGUGGUAGGCAGUUCUAGAAUGCCUGCUUUGGAGGAUCUGCCUUUCCUUCCAAUCACAGAGGCGACGAUACUCGAGGUGCUCCGAAGAUCAAGCGUGGUACCAUUAGGAACUACUCAUGCAACUACUCGGUGGGAAAACUAAAAGAAUUGGGAACUAGAAG